ACUGAUAAAUCAAUCAAUGCGGGAAUUUAAAUGCAAUGUCUUUUUGUAAAUACACCAAAGUCACAUUCCUUUGACGUUGUUGGUUGCAUGUUAAAUGCCCCUAGUUUGAAUGAUGUAGACACGUCGUUGUUCUGAUUCGUUCGGAUAAAACAACGGACCAUUUUCUACAUUCACUCCGUUUGCCUGCCUGUCUGCUAGACUUUGUUGUUGUCGGACUGCUAUGGCUUGAAGGUUUCAAGAGUCGUUAAGUGGAUUGUGGCUGAAACACGUGCUCUUUGACGCCCUCACGUGGAGACACUAGAAAGUCCUGCGUUGCAGGCUGGACGUCAGACACGUCGGCUUCUGUUUUUACCUGCGCCUCGGUGCGUUUGCUUCAAGGUUUCGUGCUUCCGACACGCGCAGCCAGGCCUCGACCCGGGGUGGAUAGACUGUUUCACGCAGGAGUGUAUCAACAUCAACAUGUUUUAAAAUGAAGACAUUUUUUUCUCUUAGAGUAACGUGUUGGGACUGUGCAGAGGUUUGCUGCGUAGUUUAUUAUUAUUAUUAUUAUUAUGGACGCCAAAGCAGCUCUUUGACGCGCUAACAUGCAAAGCUUUUAUAAAGCCUCUGCACUGAUUCGAUGCAAAUAGCGUAUAACAGUUCCCAUGUUACGCACCACAUCCUGUUUUGUCCCCUUUUAAAUUAUAGCUUAAUUUUUGAGGAGAGACGUGACUGUUCAUCUGCUUUGAUUUUUGUUUUACUCUUUUUUUUCCCCCUCACACUUCUGCUGCAGUAAAGUUUGUUAUUACACAAAAUAUCACCUUGAAUUUGAAGUCACGUUUUAGUGGACGGCUUUUAAAGAGGGAAACGCAUUGCUGCAGUGUAAUUGAGUGCUCGUGGGCUCAGGGGUGUUGGUGUGUGAAGCUGCCUGCAGAGUGCACUGCCUUCCUUCUUCCUGCAGCCGUGACCCCGUCACUCCGUGCCCGACGCGUCUGACAGCCGCGCGCGCUCUCUGCUUUCGUCUCCUUUCUUUCCUCCUUUAUUUAGUUACUGGGUGUAUCCCACGGUUUUCGUGGGAACUUUGUUGCCAUUGGCCAGUCAUCAGCUGUUAAAGCCAGAGUGUCUAGCGAAAGCAGGCUCCGCGCAGGUCUCCCCUUCACGUGGGCCCACUGGAUUUUGGAGCCCAGCGCUCGCCCCGUGCUCGAUUCGUGCCUUCUGGGGCUCUGUUAAUGUAACGGACGCACAUACCUGGAGUUGAUUAAUCUCAAUCUAGCUGUUUUUUCCACUAACACAGGAUUGGGCUUGUGCUGGGCUGAGAUACUCUGGGGGAAUAGCACGUAGUGGGCAAAUAGAGGACAAGCCGCUGCUUUUCGAGAGACGACGGUGCCAUAAAAAUUCCACAAGCAGAGAACCGAGGCAGAGCCGUGGGCCUCAUUCCGGUUUGAGGCGCUGUGCAGUUCUCUUGUUUGUCUCAUAUGACUCGGAUUUCACAGAAAGAACAGCGAACUGCUUUUUUAGCAUUAAUUGACAGAAGUCAUAUGCAGAGAUGGAUCAGAGUCUGGCGAAGCCUUUCAACAUUUCGUUGUUGUACCAAAUGGCUGCUUUAGUGAGAACCUAUUUUAUUAGUAUUUUUUUUACAUCAUGCAGUGGUUCUGAUCUUUCUCAAAUAUCACACGAGAUUUUUCAACUUUUCACAAAAUGGGAAAAUUCGACACAAUGUUUUACGUUAGUGUAUCUUAAAUGUUAAUUUAAUUAUUUUGCACAAUAUGCAUGUUUAUUCUGCGGUAAUGCAAAGACCUGGUGUAUUUUACACGCUAUUCUUUUUGACAUUUUGUUGCGUCUCUAACGCAUUAGCUCAUUUAACCAGUGUUUCAUAGUGGAAGCACAACGAAGCUGCUUAUGAACUAAAACCACACGCUAUUCUCCAUCUUGUCUUGACAUUAAAAAGAAAAAAAAAAAUAGAAAAGCGUCUUGUUAAGAGCGAAUGUUUAAAAGUCAGCAUGACAGAGGAUUCACACUUAAAUAAGACCGAAAAUAACAUCGGGUUGUGCUCGCAAUUUCAUCCAAAUGGCUGUUGUUCGGCAUCGUUAAAUUGUAAUCAGUUUAUAUAGACGGUAACGUGGAGAGCGUGCAUCUUUUACAGUCUGCUUUAUCAAGCGCCAUAAAGGGCAGAUGUUGACUGGCAGCCUCCGUGGCGUCAUUCGAUGUAGUGCUUUUAUCUUUUCCCUAAACAUUUAUUCAUUAGACUUUUCCCACAUGCGUGUUUGUUCACUUUCUUAACGAUUCUACAAAAAAAGUGUGGAAAACAGCGCCCUGCUCCGAAUGGGCUUUUAUUCUAUUAAGUGCAGACGCUAUUUGCACCCAUCGCCUAUCAUAACAUGCGUAAGAGAUCCUGAUCGAAUUAUUGUUGUACGCUACGCUCGCGGAGAUUGCACUCUCAGCGUGUCACUUGUUGUAUUGUUUAGGAGCCCGUUGGUUUUUUUGCCGCAUUGGUCGUUAACCUCGAAAUGACCCCGUGCGGAGCACACGCCUCGCGGAGCGCCGCAGACAGGCAGUGCACAGUUGCGCCAGAGGAUGGCGCACCACGACAAUUCAAAACAGCCGAGCCCCGACUCGGGCUUUGCCCUAGCCACGAGCGCUUGGAGGCGCGCGCACCUCACAUCCCACCCAGUAUUUCCUGCGUGCACGAGUUUACCUCUGGAGGUCACCAAGCAGGAUUUACGACUGGUCAACAAAAGCACGUGAUACUCCGCCGUACCCCAUAUUUGGGUGCCUACGUAAGAGAGAAUCAAGUCCAUGUCCCACUCAUUUCCAUAAUUCAUCAUAAAUUGUGCAAGGGUGCUAUAGGACGCGCUAAACCAUAAGAGCCACAAAUCAAGUACACAGGUUUAUGCUAUUUUACCUCCAAACACAAAAAGACGACAACAACGCGUGCAACGAGUAAACGGUGGAAUUGUCAACAAAUGAGCUCCUAUUUUGUGAACUCAUUUUGCGGUCGCUAUCCCAAUGGCGCGGACUUCCAGUUACAUAAUUAUGGAGACCAUAGUACGGCAAACGAGCAAUACAGAGACUCUACAGCCAUGCACGCCGGCAGGUAUGGCUAUGGCUACAACGGGAUGGACCUAACCGUCGGACGGGCCGGUACCGGACACUUUGUGGGCAGCGAGCGGACGCCGGGCUACUCCCCGAGCCACUCGGCGCCGUCAACACCCUCCGUGGAGCCAGUCAGGUACACGCAGUCGUCCAGCAGCGCCGGCAACUCCUCUCUGUCGCCGCCACCUGACCCUCUACCGUGCGCCUCGGUCGCCGGCUCGUCCCCGGUGGCGGAGGCUCAGUCCCAGCACCGAGCCGCGAAGAACUCCAUAACGAGUCCGUGCUCGAGCUCGAACGGAGGCACGCUGCUGCUGAACCGGGAGUGCGUGUCCAAAGCGUCGCCCCUCGAGGAGGAGAAGCCCACGGGAAGCGCGCCGACAACUCCUCAAAAUGUCACCGACUCCUCGCAGCCUCAAAUAUACCCGUGGAUGAGGAAACUACACAUAAGUCACGAUUUAUCUGGACCCGAGGGGAAGAGAGCCAGGACUGCUUACACCCGGUACCAGACCCUGGAGCUGGAGAAGGAGUUCCACUUCAACCGGUACCUGACCCGCAGGCGGAGGAUCGAGAUAGCCCAUGCCCUCUGCCUCUCGGAGAGACAGAUCAAAAUCUGGUUUCAGAACCGCAGGAUGAAGUGGAAGAAGGACAACAAGCUGAAGAGCAUGAGCAUGGCGGCAGCAGGCGGGGGAGGCUACAGGCCUUGAUAUUCACCCCUCUACGCCUGAUAACGAGCACUAUAUGAGAAUGAAAACAAAGAUUGUCAUAUCAACUUAUCUUCCUAUGUCAUAAAGCGCAGAGACUUGUUAAGAGGCUGCUUGCGGGACAGGGGACAGCCCACACGCAGCCCAGUGUAUGCCCAUGUCCCAUUAUAUUCCUAUUCCUAAUAUUAUUUACUUUUUACUUUCACCGUGGUAAUGUUUAUGUGAGUAAAAAAAUGCAUCAUGUACAGUCCUCUUAGAUUUAGAGAAAGAAGAAACAAAAUAAAUGUUUGUUUAAAUUAUUUCUUGUUCAGAUAAAAAAAUAAUAAUAAUAAUAAACGGUCAACGCUUGAAAUGAAACCUUCCGCAAAUAAAUCUUGUACAAGAGUUGUGUGAUGCACUCAGAACAAUACCAGCCGAAUAAAUAGAAGGUUGAGGUUGGGCUUCAUUGUGUUUAGUCUUCGUUUUCCAUGUCUGUAUUGUACAUAUGUGUAUUUAUUUGUUUGGUGUAUUGUACCAGCUGAUCCGAUAACUCGCUUCCAAACGUGCAGCCAGCAGAUAUGUUUAAGCCUCGUGUGGUUUUCGUGUGCGUUGUCGAACGUGUAUGGGCAGAAUGUGCCGACUCAGUCUUGUGUGUGUGCAGUAGCUGCGCCUUGUAUCUUUGUUUUUCUGCAGGAGCUGCUGUGUGCUUUGUUACAUGCAGGGCGCAACAUCUUAGCAAACCGUGUUUCGUCCUAUGUUUUAGCUGCUUUAUUGUUUUAUUUUUCCAUGUUUUGUGGAGGCUCAGUAAAGUAAACGCCAUUGCCAAUGUGUGAACUCCAUCGUGAUAAGCUUUUUUGUAAAUGUUUUUCAAAGACUGGAAGUGAAGAAUAUACUAUAAUAAUGAUGGCCAUUAUAAUAAACUUUUUACUGGAACGGCAA